AUGGGAAAUGACCAAUACAAAUGUGGGGAAUGCUACAACCCAGUUCAGAUAGAUGAGAGCUUGAAACAGCUCAAUUCGUCACAACUUAAAUCGUUGAUCAAUGCAAAACAGAGUUUGGAUAUUAAUGCUGAGAAUGAAUUGAACCCACAAGAUUACUUAUCUGUUGAUAAGUUGAAGCUUUAUGAUCAGCUUCCGAAACAAGCAAGGCCAAUGGUUUUCAAGAGCUACUUUGACAGCGAAGAUGAGGAUAGCGAUGAAGACGAGGGAAAUUUACACUUGGCUAAUUCAAACACCAGUUCAGAUAUCAACUCGUAUUUAGUAGUGGAAGAGGACCAUGCGAAUGAAUCAGAGCAAGAAGUGGUGGACGAAGGAGGAUUUGAACUUAGACUCUCAAGCCGUAUCAAAGUUUUAGAAACCAUAUUCAACAUUUUGUCAAAUACCCAAGAUAUCGAGCAUCCUCUUGGUGAAGAUUGUGCUAAUUUACUACUAGAGAAUUAUCAACUCAAGUUUGAUCAAUCGCAAAAGGAAAAAGACCAGUAUGUGGCGUUUUUGCGAAAGUUGAAAAUGCAAGAUCAGAAAUUGAAUUUGCAUCAAGAGAAUGGAGAAAUCUUGAACCAUGUGGAAGAUGGUAAUCUUGAUCAACUGUUGAGCGAAUUUAAAAACUUGAAGGAGGUGGAAAGGGACCGCCUAAGUGAGUUGAAAAAGUUGGAGAAUAACCGAAAAGAAUUGGAAUCAGAAUUGCAAUCAAAUAAAGAAGAAUUGGCAUCAAUGCAACACAAAGUAGAUGAUAUACUACGACUCCGAAACGAGCUCCAGCUUGACCUUGGGGACAAGCAGACCAAAUUGGAGCAGCUUAAAGCGUCAUACAAUAUACACUUGAACCACAUUGACAGUCUACGCAGCUCCAACAUUUACAAGUUGAUGUUUGAUAUCAAAAUUUAUAAAAAAUAUGCCAUGAUCAAUGGAUUUCGCAUAGGUUACAAGAUUGUCUUACCCGAGGUUAAUGCUGCAUUGGGACAAAUUGUUUUACUUCUCACAUUGAUAACCAAACGCCUUGAUCUCAAAUUGAUUCAUUACAAGUUGGUCCCCAUGGGGUCGCAAUCACAUAUUGUCAAGUUUACAGAUUCGGAAAAUGGUACCCGUCAAAAGAAAGUUCUCAAUUUGUAUUCAUCAGAUGAGUUCACCUUGGGCCGGCUUUUCAAUUUUAACAAGAUGGAUGUGGCUAUGAUUGCAUUGUUGGAGAUUGUUGCACUAGUCGAGACACAAUUGAAAAAAAUCGAUACCGAACUAGAACUACCGUACAGGAUUUAUUCAGGGUCUGAAAACACAUCUAUGGAGCUUGAGUCGGGUUCGUUUAGCAUUGACGUGGACAACACACCCACUAGAGCCAAUUAUCCUGCUUUGGGGGAGUACAAUCAUUGCAUCAUCAAGAGAUCAAAUUUCAGGCUUAUUAACGAAGGUAUGAUUCCCAGAGUUUUACCUGAACCAAGGGCUGGAGGUACCACCAAUUGCGUUCAACUGUUGCAAAGCACGUCAACCCCCUCUUCAAAAGUCAAUUGUAUUCGCAGCUCUCCGUUUGUUGCCAGCCUGGACUUUGGUUUCAAGAGAAGCUCACCCAUGGUAAGUGCGUUGCCAGAUGAUUUUGCUAAAUCCAACGAGGUGUACAGGCACAUUUAUGGAUCCAGUUCCUUCAUUGACAGCCCGUUUAUUCACCGAAACUCGAGUGCCAGAUCAAAGCUAAACCAAGAUUGCAUUUGGGGAGUCACUCCCAAGUGCAACAACGAGAUCGUCUCUGUGCGAAACACAAGUGCAAGGAGAAGCAAUGCAUCAUCGGUUAUGAGCAUUGAACUGAUUAUGAAUCCAGUGUCGCCAGUGAAGAAAAAGCGUGUCGAAUUUCGACCACUGCGUGGAAAUGAGUACUAUGGUGUAACUUUGGGAGCUACUCAGAUUGAGGAUUUUGAGUAUGGAAAAGACUCGGAUGUUCAAUGGAGAGAAGAUUUUUGCAGCACAUCGUAUAAGAAACACAAUCAGUACGAUCAAUUUAUCGUGACCAUCAAACUACCCCACGACUUUAAAUCGAGGCUCUUGGCUCUCAAGAAAAGAGGGGAACUCGGGGUUAAGGGCAAUGUUCAAGCAGUUGGCGUCAACAAAGUUGGUGUUACGUCUUCAAAAAGACGUGGUAGAAGAAAGCGUGAGAUUACAAAGGAUGUGAGACACCACCAACCAGUCAAAGCAGUCCCAAAUAAGAAGCUUGCAACCGAGAAGCAGUAUCCGUUGGAGCCUCCUGUCAAACCACUUGCCAAGAAAGCCAAGUCAAAAAAGUACGAUUCAGAUGAAGAGUAUAUACCUUUUGCUGACGAGGAGUUUGAUAUUCCAAGGCCUAAAAAGCGCGUGAAAUUGGGCCCUAAUUGUGUCGCAAAGAAGAGAGACCCCAUUGUGAGAUCGAAACAUGGGUGCUGGACAUGCAGGAUUCGCCACAAGGGAUGCGACGAAGAACAACCAAGAUGCGGCAAUUGCAAACGGUUGAAUUUGGAGUGUGAUUUCUCUUCAAUGCGUCCAGAUUAUAUGCUGAAUGAUAAAUUACAUGCUGCAAAGUUGAUUGAAAUAAGAAGCGUUACUGAUAAGAUAAAGAGGCAUGGUCCAAAAGUAGUUGGAACUGGUUGCUGA